AUGAACCUAUUGUCUCCAUUUUGUGUCCAGAACCUUGUCGCUGUGCUCAUUGUACUGAUGCAAGGAAAAGCACUGCUACUGAUUUCAACCUCCUCUUUCCUCCUCACUGCAGCUUCAACAAUCACUGCUCCUCGUAGCUUUGGUGGAAACGAGACGGAUUAUGAAGCCUUGCUAGCCUUCAAAGCAAAGAUACAAGACCCGCACAGUAAUACCUUGAGCUCGUGGAAUGAUUCUCUCGGUUUCUGCAACUGGCCAGGGAUCACAUGUGGCCGUCGACAUGGAAGGGUCAGAAUUAUCAAUCUAGUGGACCAAAAAUUGGCAGGCUCCUUGUCUCCUUACGUGGGAAAUAUUAGCUUCCUUCAAGAAAUAAGACUCGCAAACAACACAAUUCAUGGUGAAAUUCCACUUGAAGUUGGGCGCCUGUUGAGAUUACGAGUUCUGAUGCUGACCGAUAAUUCCAUAGAAGGCAAAAUUCCAGCCAACUUAUCAGGCUGCUCCAGCCUUGCAGAGCUCUAUAUUGAUCGUAACAAGCUUGGAGGUGAAAUUCCUAUGGAGCUUGGUUUCUUGUCAAAGCUCACAAUACUCUCUUUUGGUCAGAAUAAUCUCCAGGGAAAGAUACCGCACUCCAUCGGUAAUCUUACCUCCCUUGAAAGUUUGUCUUUGAGAAGUAAUGUUUUGGAGGGAACUAUUCCUGAUUCUUUAGGCCGACUGAAGAGAUUAACUAGUCUUCUGCUCGGUGAAAAUAAACUUUCGGGUUUCAUCCCUCCAUCUCUAUAUAAUCUAUCGUUGAUUACUACUUUCUAUUUGGGUGGCAAUGGAUUUCGCGGAAGUCUUCCGUCGAAUUUAGGCCUAUCCUUUCCCCAUCUUCAAUGGCUUGCAUUAUGGCAGAACCAGUUUUCCGGACCGAUUCCAGGGUCAUUAUCCAAUGCUUCUGAGCUUGAAAUAGUUUCUUUUACAUAUAACAGUUUGACAGGAAAAAUACCUGAUAUUUUUGGUAAACUACAUCAUCUCUCUCGACUGCAUUUCGGAAGUAAUAACCUGGGAGCCGGAGGAGAUGAUGAAAUGGCGUUUCUUGCUUCUCUGACCAACUGCAGCAUGUUGAAAGUUGUGAGCAUCAACAACAACAGAUUAGAAGGAUCGCUGCCGAUUACAGUAGGAAAUCUUUCAACAUAUAUGGUUUAUUUUGGGCUCUCAGGAAACCACAUAGUCGGACGGAUCCCUUCAGGAAAUCUGUCAUUGUUGAGUGUCCUUUAUUUAGAUGAUAACAAAUUAAAAGACACCAUCCCUGCUAGUCUUGGAGGUUGUAAAAACUUGGUGUCGUUGGGCCUUUCUAGAAACAACCUCAAUGGCAGCAUACCAGAAAAACUUUUCGGUACCUCCUCUGUAUUAUUUUCACUGAAUCUAUCUCAUAACCAAUUUACUGGUUCUUUGCCUUCAACCAUUGGUAGUCUAAAAGGUCUGAGUGAACUGGAUGUCUCUUGGAAUAUGUUGUCUGGUGAAAUUCCAACUAGCCUUGGAGGAUGCACCAGCCUCGAGGUCCUGCACAUGGAGGAUAAUUUCUUCCAAGGAUCUAUUCCUUCAUCAUUUAGUUCUUUGAGGGGAAUUCAAUUUCUUGACCUUUCUUGUAACAAUCUGUCAGGCCAACUUCCAAACUUUCUUGUGACAAUCCCUUUCAUAAGUUUAAAUCUUUCCUCUAACAAUUUUGAGGGGGAGGUUCCGAGGAAGGGAGUUUUCACAAACAAGAGUGCAGUAUCAGUUGUUGGAAAUGACAAACUUUGUGGUGGAAUUUUGGAAUUGCAUUUGCCUGAAUGUCCCAACAAGGAGCCAAAGAAGACAAAAAUGUCUCAUCUGCAAUAUUUAUUGGCAAUCACAAUACCUUGUGCUCUUGUUGGAGCCAUCACUGUCUCGUCUUUCUUGUUUUGUUGGUUCAAAAAGAAAAGAAAGGAGCACUCUUCUGAUACUUUAUUGAAAGAGUCAUUUCCUCAAAUCUCUUACGAAAGGCUCUUUAAAGCAACCGAUGGAUUUUCUACAACCAACUUGAUUGGAGUUGGUGGUUUUAGCUCUGUGUACAAAGGAAAGAUUGAUGAAGAUGGAACACUGGUUGCAAUCAAAGUUCUUAACCUGCAACGCCGUGGAGCGUCUAAAAGUUUCAAAGAUGAAUGUGAAGCCUUGAGAAACAUUCGGCAUCGAAAUCUUGUGAAGAUCAUAACUUCUUCCUCAAGCAUUGAUUUUCAAGGUAAUAAUUUUAAAGCUCUAGUUUAUGAGUACAUGCCUAAAGGGAGUCUGGAGAAAUGGCUGCAUCCUACUCAAGAAACACAUGAUGAUCAGCAGAUAAAUCAAGUUCAGCGUCCAAACCUUCUUGAGAGAAUCAACAUUGCCAUUGAUGUGGCUGCUGCACUUGACUAUCUUCAUCACCAUUGCCACAGCCCAAUCAUUCAUUGUGAUGUAAAACCAAGUAAUAUUCUUCUUGAUAAAGACAUGAUUGGCCAUCUUGGGGAUUUUGGGCUCGCCAGAAUUUUUCAAGAAUUCUCAGAACCAAGUCUUGAAAGCAGCUCGGCUGGAAUAAAGGGAACUACUGGAUAUGCUGCACCAGGGAAGAGACCUAUCGAUGAGACAUUUGAGAAAGGCCUUAAUCUUCACAUGUUUGCCAAGAUGGCCCUGCCCGACCAUGUUAUGGAGAUUACAGACCCAGUGCUUCUAAGUGAGAGACACUUGGAAAAUGCAGCAAGCAUGGAGGAGUGCCUGACUUCUUUGGUGAAAAUUGGAGUGGCAUGUUCCAUGGAUUCACCUAGAGAUCGAAUGGACAUGAGCAGGGUUGUCCGCGAGUUGCUGAUGGUCAGGGAUACUUUUCAAGGAACUGCAAGUAGGCCCGAAAACAACAAGUAUCCAGGUUCUCAUGGUUUUCACAGCUAA